AUGUGGGAAAUGUUUAAAAAUAUGCAUCCCGGCAAUAAAGUAUCCUACGAAAUCCACAGGACCAUUUUCACCACAGAUUUUAAUAUAGCUUUUGGUUACCCACGAACAGACACGUGCAGCACAUGUGAUGAGUACCUAGCUAAAAUAAAAAGUCUCGAGCAUGAAAAACAAAAUGCAAGCAAUGAAAACCCUGUAUACACGUCUCCAAAUAAAAAACAAAAAAUAGGUCGAACUAAGGAAGAUAUAACAGCUGAAAUAAAACAACUGACCACAUUACAUGACCUGCAUUUAUACAUAAGAAAAUUGGAUUUAUUUUGUGACUCCUGCGGUGGGCAAAAUAAGAAUUACACCUUUUUCCGCUACUUACAUAAUCUUGUUCACCAGCAAAAAAGAUUUGAUUCUGUUCGAGUUACUUUCCCAAUUAGAGGCCAUUCUUAUAUGGAAAAUGAUAAGAAUAUGGGAAUCAUCAAUCAGAAAGCCAGAGUUGAAACAGUGAAGGAAUUAUGUGACCUCGUCCAAUCUACCAGAAAAAAACCUUCGUCCUUUGUAGUGGAACAUCUUUCAGAAGACAAUCAACACAUUUUUCAAAAGUGGACCGAUUUGAAUAAAUUCUACAAGAAAAAAGCUAGCUUUCCAAUUCAGUCAAUAAGGCAGUUCGAAGUUUCAAAAGAACACCCUAGGUUGAUCAAGUAUAGAGACACAUAUAAUGGGACAUGGACCUCUGCAGUUGUGAUGGAUAGAAAAUCUAUGGUCCUCAAAAACUUGGAGACAAACAACCAAUUUUUUCUUCCCGAAAUAUCUUACAAAGGUCCAAUACCAAUUUCGGCGGCCAAUUUGCAGAGUUUAAAAAAGUUCUGUGGAAAGGAAGCUCAAGAUUAUUUUACCUCACUGGUGCAUAAUUAA